CCCCAUCACACAUUUGCUGGUGCAAACUUCAAUGUAAAACAAGUAAGAAACUGGAUGGUCUAGAAAAGGGUGGUUGAUUCUGUGCCUAUGCACGUGAAGAAACUUCGUUGUUUCUUUAUUUUGUUAGGGGCUUUUGGACAAGAUGGCACCAUCCGCAGUGUCGUUCCAGAGCUUGGAGCCGCUGGACGUUGAGAGUGAGCAGGCGCGCACUGCGCCGCUGCCCCUUGAUGCUGAUGGCCUGGCCCAUGGGGUGUUGUCUGGCAACAAGCUAACCUACUAUGUCAAGAAGAAUCGGAGGCCCUCGCAACGAGCGGCGCUGGCUCUGGUGGUCAACAUCGGGUCUGUUGUUGAGGAAGAAAACGAGCGGGGUUGCGCCCACAUCUGUGAACAUCUAGCUUUCAACGCGACUAAGAACUAUAGCAACCAUGACAUCGUCAAGUUCCUCGAGACAAUUGGUGCCCCAUUCGGCGCUUGCCAGAACGCCUACACCAGCGCAGACGAGACAGUUUUUGAGCUGUUCAUACCCAUUGACAAGCCGGGCCUACUCUCAAAAGCCCUCUCCGUGUUGGCGGAGUUCUCCGUGGAGAUCCGCAUCUCGGAGGCGGACCUUGCCAAGGAGCGCGGGGUGGUGCUGGAGGAGUGGCGCCAGCACCGCGACGCCACGGGCCGCAUGCAGGAGGCCUACUGGGCGCUCCUCACCAAAGGCUCCAGGUACGCAGAGCGGCUCCCCAUUGGGACGGAGCACAUCAUCAAGAGCGUGCCUGCGGCUGUUUUGCAAGCGUUUUACCGCCGUUGGUACCGCCCGGAGCACAUGGCAGUGGUGGCGGUGGGCGACUUCGAGGACGUCCAGGGCGUUGUUCAACUGAUUGAGGAGCACUUCGGCGAGAAAGCCGCGUUUCCUCCACCGCCGGGGCAGAGCCACCCUUCCAUCCCCAAGUUCGGCUUCACCCCCCACUCCGAGCUCCGAGUGUCGACGUUUGCAGACUCCGAAUCCACUUCGUCCGCCGUGUUGGUGAGCUGCAAGUUGCCGGAGCAGCGCAUUGACACAGUGGCGCAGUACCAGGCGUUCCUGGCGCACGAGAUGGCGCACAUGGCCAUCAACCAGCGGCUGUUCAAGAUCUCCAGGCAGAACACGCCUCCUUUCUACUCGUGUGAGUCUGGCGGCCAGACCAUUGCGAGGACGAUAGAGUCGGUCACUAUCUCGGCGUCCUGCCAGGAGGGGGGCACGCUCCCCGCCCUGCGAGCCAUGCUCACCGAGCUGGCGCGCAUCCGUGUACACGGGUUCAGCGCGCGCGAGGUGGCGGUGGUGCGGCGGCUGUACCUGGCGGACAUGGAGCGAGCCUACAUCGAGCGCGACCAGGCGCUCUCCGACGGCCUCCGGGCAGAGUACGUCCAGCACUACUUGACGGGGGAGCCGGUGCCCGGGAUCGUGUACGAGGCGCGGCUGGCCAAGACGCUGCUGCCGCUUAUCACCGCAGAGGACAUGCAGGCCGUGGCGCACGCAUACCGCACCCACAACAGCUGCGUCAUCAAAACGGUGGAGCACCGUGCGCGUACGUCGGAAGCCGCGGUGCGCGCGGUGGUGGCGGAGGUGGAGGCCGCGGAAGAGGGCGGGGCGAUCGGCCCCUGGGACGACGGGGACCGCCCCGAGUCACUCGUCAGCGUGCCCCCCACCCCGGGGUCCGUGACAUCGCGGCGGGAGUACCCCAAGCUGGGCGGCACGGAGUUGACGCUGAGCAACGGGAUGCGCGUGUUCCUCAAGAAGACGGAUCUGCGGGACGACCAGGUCCUCAUCGGGGGCUUUGCGUAUGGCGGCCUGUCGGAGAUCCCCCCCAAGGACUACCACUCCGUCAGCAUGGCCGCCACCAUCGCCGGGGAGCUCGGGGUCUACGGCGUCAAGCCGGUGGCGCUGAUGGAGCUGCUGGCGGGCGUGCGCGCGGAGGUGGGGCAGAGCGUGUCGGCGUACCAGCGCGGCGUGGCCGGGGAGGCCUCUCCCGCGGACCUGGAGGCCGCGCUGCAGCUGGUGUACCAGCUCUUCGUCACCGCGCCGCGGCCCACCCACCCCGACGAGCUGGACACCGUCAUGCGCAUGACGCGCGAGGCGGUGAAGGCGCAGCUGCGUGACCCGUUCACGGCCUUCUCCAACAAGGUGCGCGCGCUCAACUACGGAGACUCCUACUUCUUCAGGCCCAUGACUGAUGCGGACAUCGACGCGGUGGACCCGGUGAAGGCGUGCCUGGCCUACACCGCCGCCUUCCAGGACCCCGCCUCCUUCACGUUCGUGCUGGUGGGCACCCUCGACGAGGAGGCCGCCCUGCCCCUCGUGCUGCAGUACCUGGGCGGCAUCCCCGAGCCGUCGCCUCCCCCGCCCCGCUUUGAGCGCGACACUCUGACGCAGCUGCCCUUCAACUUCCCCGAGGGCGUCAUCAGGGAGGAGGUGCCGCAGGUGAUGACGGCUGCCCAGAGCACGUGCCAGAUCACGUUCCCGGUGGUGCUGGACGGGGCGGCCGUCAGCCACGAGGUGCACUGGACCAUGUUCGCGGCCAUGCUCCUGGAGCAGGCCAUCAUGCGCGUCCUCCGCUUCAAGCACGGCCAGAUCUACACGGUGUCCGUGUCGCCGUACCUGGGCGGCUCGCGGCCGUCGCGCUCGGGGGGCCUGCGUGGAGACCUGGCCGUCAGCUUCUCGUGCGACCCGGACGCCGCGUGGACCCUGGUGGACCUGGCGCUGGCGGAGGUGGCCCGCCUGCAGGAGGAGGGGCCCUCCGCGGACGACUGCGCCACGCUGCUCGAGCUCGAAAAGCGCGCGCACGAGCUCAGCCUGCAGGAGAACGCGAGCCACCGGGACUUCGUGCUGCGCGCGUACCAGACCCGUUUCUACACCGGGGACCUUGACGCCGCGCACGAGACGACGGAGGCCAUCCGGGCGGAGGUGCUGGCCGCGGUGUCCCCGGGAACGCUGCUGGCCGCGCUGCGGCGCGUGCUGCCCUUCCCCGCCUCAACGCAGUACACCGCCGUCGUGCUCAUGCCGCGGCCCCCUUUCUGGCGCCGCCUCCUCUCCCCCUCCGCUCCUGAAGGCCGGCACCCUGCUCUGGCGGGCCUACCGCCACUGACCCCCUCGCCCCCCCCCCUGCGCGGGCCUGCCCCCCUCGGCCUGCCUGGCGCACCAACCGCAGGCCCUGGUUCGCCCGUCCUGGAUUGGCGUCUGGCCCGCAAUCUCAAGUGACAACAGCAGCACGUGUUGCCGUGGAUGGACCCAAUCAACGCCUCAGGUGAUCUGAUGUCUGAAGGAGUUACUAAUCCACAUCAUGGACUGUGUCAGAUCCGUCAUGUAUACUAUCUUCCGACAAACAACAUGAGCGGGCCAUCUAGGUUUUUUGCUCUCCAUGGAUGAUCUUGGACCGUCAGGUCCGGUCAGGGAGCCCUCUUGGAGAGAAGAUGCAGGAGUCGUGACCUCAGAUCUGGCGUUUUUAUUUCGUUCUUGUGCAGUAGCAUCACAUCCGCACAUGGGCAGAUUGAGC